CAAAAAGAAAAAGACAAGGGAGGACGAAGAUGAAUUGUCUCAAUUUUUAGGGUUCAUCAAAAUUUGAACAAAAGGGACCUGUUUUGCUCAAUUUUUGAUAGCAGAAGACGAAUCUGGAUCUGGGGUCACUUCAAGUAAGUAAAGAGUUAACCUUUUGCUUUUUUUUGUACCAUAAAUUGUGUUCGAAUGGUACGAUUGAGAAAUUGCUUACGAAUCAAUGAAAUAACAGUUAAGAUUUUGAUGAUGAAUGCUCAUGAAAAUCUAUUUAAGUUUGAUUGAGAAAUUGAAGAAGAGAAUAAGAAAUCGAGAGAUUUAUUGCGUAAAUGGAUUGAAUUAAGAGGUUUUUAAGUAAGUUGAGAUGUCAGUUAAAGCAAGGAGAAUUUCUGGUAGAUUAGAGACUGUAGUAACUAAGGUUAAUUAUGCAUUUGAUCCUGUUGACGAUGACAAAAUCAUAAGAAACCGGCUUCUAACCCGAACCACGACCACUCGAGGCGAGCCUCCAUUGAAGAAACUUCAGAAGAAGUUCACUUCUUUUGUACUCGAGGUGGAUAAAGAAGAAGAGAACUAUAACGACUGCGGUAGACUUGCCAAAGCUUUUUUACAGGAACUGUCAACUUUCGAGAUUCCGCUUCUGAAGAGCCAAGCGGUUGUGGAAGCAAACCUUAGGGAGAAAGAGAGCUUUAAUGAGGUGAAAGAUGAGACGGAAAGGCAGAUAAUGCAGGCGAAAGCUGAGAUUGAAGAUCUAAAGAAGCAGCUUGAGGAGAGUAAAAUAGAUAGACAGCAUAAAGAAGAGUGUGAGACGAUAAGGAAACUGAUUUCUGCGCAACCGCCAAGGUCAGAGACAGAGAAGGUUAUAUAUGAAUUGAACAAGGAGAUUGCUGAGCUUGAAGCAGAGAGCACUGCAAGUUGGAGAUUGCUUGAGCUAAGGAAGAAGCAGUUUGCUCUCCUGAUGCAUGUGGUGGAUGAGUUGCAGAACACAAUGGAAGAUGAGCAGAAGAGUUUGGUGGACGAGAUUCGGUCAGCGUCGGAAGAUCAGAGGAACAUAACCGACGCUAUGUCUGUUGAUUAAGUCCAAAUCUCGAUAAAACCUGCAUCAUGUUUCAAGCGUUUGCUUUGUCAUCUGUUUCCUGUUUCUGAUAUGCCUAUGUUAACCAAAACUGCGGCAGCUCAGUAUACUGAAACCUGUGAUUCGGAUAGAAGAACUGAGAAACAAAGAUUGUUUCUUUCAAAUUUGCAGAUGCAAGAAAGAUUGUAUCAUUGUAAAAUGCAGAUGUUUAAGAAAUUAUGGUUUGUAUAACCGGUUAAGAAAUACCAAUUUCUUGGUAAUGUACUUUUUUACUCCAAACCGAGGCUGAACUGUUGAUUCAAUUAAACCGAGGUGGUUUACUAUAAAUUAAUUACGUCGUGACGGGUUUGCUUUUGAACCGGCUUAGAAAUUAGAAAUUAAACAGUGUUCCGCUUUUGACUUGGUUCGAUA